GAACAGCCGCACAGUCCCGCAGGGCCGGCCGGGCCCGGCAGCGCCAGGCCCGCGGGUCGGGCAGUGCGGGAAGGGGGGUCGGGAGGCCGCCGUGAGCGUCAGUGGAGUACGGGGCAGCCUGUGGAGCUCUGCGGGGAUGCUGGAGCCGCAGUCUGAAGAUACAAUAGGGCUUUCUGCUUUGAAACAUGGUUCGAACUGAAGAAGCAAGCGCCGGGGGACGGUGGCUUCAAGUGCCUCAGCACCCAGGCUGUCCUUUAGUGCAGGGCUGUAGAGCCUCCUGUCUUCAUCUAGGGGUCUGCUUUAGCUCAGUUGAAUCACCCUGGACUUCUGCAGGCAGUGGGACAGAUUGCUUUUUUGAAGCCAGCUGGUAAAGGUUGGAAUUUGAUACUGGGAAGAGAGGAUAUGGGAAGGUUUCUCAUCACACCUGCUGCUCUCUUUCCAGGAUGUCUUCAGGUGCGUUAUUUCCAAGCCUGGUGCCAGGCUCUCGUGGCUCCUCGAGCAAAUACCUGGUGGAAUUUCGAGCAGGGAAGAUGUCCCUGAAAGGCAGCACUGUAACUCCAGACAAGAGAAAAGGCCUUGUUUAUAUCCAGCAAACCGAUGAUUCCCUCAUUCACUUCUGCUGGAAAGACAGGACUUCAGGCAAUGUGGAGGAUGAUUUGAUUAUUUUUCCUGAUGACUGUGAGUUCAAGAGAGUCCCACAGUGCACCACAGGCCGUGUGUACGUAUUGAAGUUCAAGGCAGGAUCCAAACGACUCUUCUUCUGGAUGCAGGUUUGUGGGAAGCCAAUGACAAAGGUCUUGGAUCAAAAUACCCCCAGUAUGACUCAUGCCAGAGCAAUUCUCUUGCAGGAGCCGAAGACAGACAAGGAUGAGGAGCACUGCCGUAAGGUGAAUGAAUAUCUCAACAAUCCCCCCAUGCCAGGGGCACUGGGUGGGAAUGCCAGCGGAGGCCAUGAGCUCUCAGCACUAGGAGGUGAGGGUGGCUUGCAAAGCCUUCUUGGAAACAUGAGCCAUAACCAGCUCAUGCAGCUGAUCGGACCAACGGGCUUAGGAGGACUUGGUGGGCUGGGCGCACUGACGGGGCCUGGGCUGGCCAGUCUGCUCGGGAGUGGGGGACCCCCAGCCAGCAGUUCAUCAUCGAGCUCUCGCAGCCAGUCGGCUGCAGUGACUCCAUCUUCCACGACUUCUUCCACCCGUGUGACGCCUGCCCCGUCCGUUCCUGCGGCUGCCUCCGUGACCAGUCCCAGCCCUGUUCCCAGUUCGGGUAAUGGAACCAGCUCAGCCACAAGCCCAACCCAGCCCAUUCAAUUGAGUGACCUUCAGAACAUUUUAGCUACUAUGAAUGUGCCAUCUGGAGCAGGAGGACAGCAAGUGGACCUGGCAGCUGUUCUGACUCCUGAGAUCAUGGCUCCCAUCCUGGCCAACGCUGAAGUUCAGGAGCGAUUGAUGCCUUACCUUCCCUCAGGGGAAUCCCUGCCACAGACUGCGGAAGAGAUUCAGAACACCCUGACGUCUCCUCAGUUCCAGCAGGCUUUGAGCAUGUUCAGUGCUGCCUUAGCUUCAGGACAGCUGGGCCCACUCAUGAGCCAGUUUGGGCUACCUACAGAGGCAGUAGAUGCAGCAAAUAAAGGCGAUGUAGAAGCCUUUGCCAAAGCCAUGCAGAACAGUGUGAAGUCAGACCAAAAGGAAGGAGACUCUAAGGACAAGAAAGAUGAAGAGGAAGACAUGAGUUUAGAUUAAAUUAUUUGCUCUUCCUUACAGAUACUCCUAGAUACUAACUUAAGCAACUGCAGUAGGAUUACUAACUUCAUAUUAUGCUUAUAUAAAUCUACAAAUAAAGGAAUUUUCUUUAUCUGCCA